AAAUGACAUGGAAUGACUUUAUUGAAUAAAUGCGUUACAGUCUUUUUCUAGAAGAAGAACGAAUCGCCGAGGCACUGACUCGUUACUACGGAGUUAAAGAAAUCCUAUUACCGCCUCGAAAACUCGGAGAGAGAAUGCCGUCGUCUUUAAUGGAAUUCUAUAAUAGUCUCAAGAGUGAGAUGGCGUACGCUUUGUCGGCGGAAGCAAUCGAGAAAAAAAGUGCCACUGUGCUCAAUGAUGACAAACUUUUGAAUGUGGAGCGUAAGAAUAGAAUAAGAGCAAGAAAGAAGUCAUCUAGUACAUCAAGAUUAUUUGUCCAACAAUUCUCGAAUCAACAAAGCUCGAAAACAAAUUUGCAAAAAGAUUUUAACAUUGACAGACGGAAACAAAAAAAGUCAAUUGGUUAUUCAUCCACUUCUACGGACACCGCAAAAAGAGAUUGCCCGCCCAUGUCAAUCUUUAGUGAGCUCGAUUUCCCUCGCGAGGCUCCAAUAUUAUCAACAAAUGAUCCCAAAGAACUUCAUAAUUUACUUCUCUGUUAUAUAGAGAUUCUGCGUAAAGAUCCUAGUUUCUGCAAAAGAAUAAAAGAUCCUGUAAAGGAGCUGUUUGAUAGUUAUGAAAAAUCAAUUCUUGAGCUCGAUUCUUCGCAACCGGCUAAGAAAGUUUGCAUUCUCUUUCAUGGCGCACCAUUUACUGACUAUCAGGAAACCGCGUGCAGGAGCGCUAAGGCAUUGCAAGUGCCGCUAUUAUGCAUAGAUAAUGUAAUUAUCGAAGGCAUUGCACUUGGCGACAGUUGGGUUUCCAUCAAGUUGCGACAAAUUAUCGACGACGCUUAUCAAGAAUAUUUGUCAUCAUUCGAAAGAUAUAAAGAUGAUUUGGAAAUUAAACUACGGGCAGCAAAGAAAACCGAUGUCGAAAUCGCGGAAAAUGAUCAUGAAACAAUAGCAAAAAAGGAAGAAAUAAAACCAAAACAAACUACCGAAUCACCAAAAACAACUAAAUCUGAUUCAAAAACAAUAGCAGUCGAUGAAAACUCAGAGAGUGAUACUUCACUUCAAAAAUUAAUAAUUCUUUUUGAGACAGAAUUUGCAAAGCUUCCAAGAGAACAGGAUUUGAAGUUUUUAGACCCUAUAAGUCUUUACGAAUAUAAAAUCCAAACAAUUUUGCUAUUGCAAAAAAUGUUUCCACAUUACGCGACAAUUGAAUCAAAAGUUAAUGAAAAAGAUCAGAAUGACACUUUCCUCGGAAUUGAAAUUGAUUUAUUGAUCGAAGUUCUUAAAGAAAGGUGGUAUUUAACACUAAACAAAUUAGCAGAAGAAGUUGCUAAAAAAAUUCAAGAAAUUGAUGAAAUGUCAUUAUCGGAAUAUGAGUUGCUUCCGGAAGAAGACAAAAAAUUUUAUUUGGAAUCAACUUUACCAAUAAAGAAAGAAGAAGCGUUGCAAAGACGAAUACAAUUUUCACAACAAAUGAUAGAAUUGAGAAAAAAAAAAGUAUUAACUUUAAUUUAA